AUGGAUCUCUCUACAUGGAUAUAUGAAUCACAUUAUAGAGGAAGGAGAAUUGGGUUUCAUUCUCAAAAUAAACAGCAGCUUAUGUUGAACUUUCUUGAAUUAGAUGAUAGUAGAUUUUAUAAAGAUUUUAUUUUAAAACCCAAAACAAGAUACGUCGCAUCCGUUCAUGCUGUUGGAACUGAUAUUGUAGCACAAAAUGAUUGCGGCGGAAAUUUAUCCGUUUUAGGCGAAUGGAAUCAUUCAUCACAAUUUAAUAAUGGCAGAGGAAGUUUUGAAGGCGAUCUAAUAUUAAAUUUCAUGACAAAUUCAACAGGAAAGAUUCGAUUAUCACUCAGAUUAGGAUUCUGGUGUUCAGAAGCAAAAGGAAAAAUAAUUUUUUCAAAUUUCAAUUUGGAAGAAGAUUAUUCAUUUGCCAGAUUAGGUACCAGCAAUGUUGUUUUUGAUACAAAAGUUGAAAAUUUUGAAAAAAUUGAUCUUGAUAGAGUCGAAUGGUGGUUAGAGCAGAAUAAUACAGCCUACAAUCAAAUGAAAGAACUUUACGGUCGAUCUCCUUUCAAUGGAGAGCAAAUUACCAUUGAAUCUAGACAAGGAAUUAAUGCUUAUGCUUUUGCUGGAAAUCCUAUUGUAUGGAAUGAGCAUUGCAUGCUAGAUUAUUUUAAUUCGGAUGACAAUGAAUUUUCCGCUUGUUUUGGAACAAUUCACGAAUUAGGCCAUACAUACGACCAAACGUUGCUAACUAAUAUUAAUUGCGAGUUAAUGGCUAAUUUCGCAUUGUGCUACGCUGUUGAAAACGGAAACCUUAAAAUUUUCUUUGAUAAUGAGAUGACGGUUGGAAGAGGUCUCCAAGAUGGAUUCUAUAGACGCUGUUACAUGAACUCAAUAAAGGUUGGCAAAUACCACCAUGACGGAUUGUUAUAUUGCUUGUUAAGAAUUAAAGACACAAUUGGAUGGGAACCAUUUAAGAAAGUAAUGAGAAAACUUAUUGGUACUGAUAAUCAGAAGAAAUCACCAACAGAAGCAUUGAAUAUUUGGAUGGAAAUGCUGAUUGAUGAAUCUGGAAUUAAUGUUAAAGCUUUGUUUGAAGAAGGAGAGUACAAAUUCAUAAUGAGUCAAGAGAAGCUUUAA